CUCCAAAACAAGAAAAACAAUUAACACUCUCUCUCUUUUAAACUGUUCGUUCUCUGUCAAUUUUUUUAUCGUCCCCUCUUUUUUUUCUUUUCCUUCACAUAAACCCUCACUUAGAAUUUUAUCUCUGUGUUUUUAAAAUUUUGUUAAUCUAUUAGGGUUUGGUUUAUUAUCGUUUUUAUUAGAGAGUGAGUGUGUUCCUCUAGGGUUUUGUUAGUGUUUGAUUAUGGCGUCUUUAGCUAUGGCCGCCGAGAAGCUUAGGGACUUGAGUCAGCCGAUUGAUGUUCCUUUACUUGAUGCUACUGUUGCUGCCUUUUACGGCACCGGAUCUAAGGAAGAGAGGGCUGCGGCAGACAGGAUAUUGCAAGAGUUGCAGAGUAAUCCAGAGAUGUGGAUGCAAGUUGUUCACAUUUUACAAAGUACAAAGAACUUAAACACCAAGUUCUUUGCUUUACAGGUCCUGGAAGGAGUUAUUAAGUACAGAUGGAAUGCAUUGCCUGUUCAGCAACGUGAUGGAAUGAAAAAUUACAUUUCUGAAGUCAUUGUACAGCUUUCUAGCAACGAAUCUUCUUUUCGAGCGGAAAGGUUGUAUGUGAACAAGCUCAAUAUAAUUUUGGUUCAGAUAUUGAAACAUGAGUGGCCAGCUAGAUGGAGAAGCUUUAUUCCCGAUCUUGUUGCAGCAGCAAAAACUAGCGAAACUAUUUGUGAGAACUGCAUGGCUAUAUUGAAACUUCUAAGUGAAGAAGUCUUUGAUUUUUCCCGUGGGGAAAUGACUCAGCAGAAGAUCAAAGAGCUUAAACAAUCAUUAAACAGUGAAUUUCAGCUCAUCCAUGAGUUAUGCUUAUAUGUACUAUCGGCUUCUCAAAGAACUGAGCUUAUUCGGGCAACACUCUCUACUUUGCAUGCAUUUCUUUCUUGGAUUCCUUUGGGCUAUAUUUUUGAAUCCCCACUGCUGGAAACACUCCUAAAGUUUUUUCCAAUGCCAUCAUAUAGAAAUCUUACUCUCCAGUGUCUUACCGAGGUUGCAGCUUUGAAAUUUGGGGACUUCUACAAUGUGCAGUAUGUUAAGAUGUAUACUUUUUUCAUGGUUCAGCUACAGGGCAUUCUUCCUCCCACAACAAAUAUUCCAGAGGCUUAUGCACAUGGAUCCAGCGAGGAACAAGCAUUUAUUCAGAAUUUGGCAUUGUUUUUCACUUCAUUUUUUAAGGUCCAUAUUCGAGUGCUGGAGACUUCACCAGAGAACAUAUCUGCAUUAUUGUUGGGUCUUGAAUAUUUGAUUAAUAUCUCAUACGUUGAUGAUACAGAGGUUUUUAAGGUUUGUUUGGACUAUUGGAACUCCUUGGUAUUGGAGCUUUUUGAGGCACAUCAUAGUUUGGAUAAUCCUGCGGUAACUGCAAGCAUGAUGGGGAUGCAAGUGCCUUUGCUUCAUGGCAUGAUUGACGGCAUAGGUUCUCAAAUAUUGCAGCGGAGGCAGCUUUAUGCCGGUUCUAUGUCAAAAUUGAGGAUGCUUAUGAUUUGUCGUAUGGCAAAGCCUGAAGAGGUUCUUAUUGUUGAAGAUGAGAAUGGUAACAUUGUGCGGGAAACUAUGAAAGAUAAUGAUGUUCUAGUUCAAUAUAAGAUCAUGAGGGAGACUUUGAUCUAUUUGUCUCAUCUCGACCAUGAAGACACUGAAAAACAGAUGCUGAAGAAAUUAAGCAAACAAUUGAGUGGCGAAGAUUGGAGUUGGAAUAAUCUAAACACACUAUGCUGGGCAAUAGGAUCUAUCUCCGGUUCCAUGAUGGAGGAACAGGAAAACAGAUUUCUUGUAAUGGUCAUCCGAGAUUUAUUGAAUUUAUGUGAAAUCACAAAGGGGAAAGAUAAUAAAGCUGUCAUUGCAAGUAAUAUUAUGUAUGUUGUUGGGCAGUAUCCACGUUUCCUCAGAGCUCACUGGAAAUUCUUGAAGACUGUUGUCAAUAAAUUAUUUGAGUUUAUGCAUGAAACACAUCCUGGAGUUCAGGAUAUGGCUUGUGAAACAUUCUUGAAAAUUGUGCAAAAAUGCAAACGGAAAUUUGUAAUUUUACAGGUUGGAGAGAGUGAACCUUUUGUGUCUGAACUUCUGAUAGGCCUGCCAACGACUGUUGCUGAUCUAGAACCACACCAGAUCCAUUCGUUUUAUGAAUCUGUAGGGCAUAUGAUUCAAGCGGAACCUGAUCCCCAAAAAAGAGAUGAAUAUUUGCGGAGACUUAUGGAUCUUCCGAAUCAGAAAUGGGCUGAAAUCAUAGGGCAGGCACGCCAGAGUGUUGAAUUUCUUAAAGAUCAAGAAGUGAUUAGGACUGUUCUGAAUAUAUUGCAGACAAACACAAGUGCUGCAACUUCUCUGGGAACAUAUUUCUUAUCUCAAAUUUCCUUGAUCUUUUUGGACAUGCUAAAUGUUUACAGGAUGUACAGUGAGCUUAUAUCGAGUAGCAUUGCUGAUGGGGGGCCUUUUGCAUCUAAAACAUCUUAUGUGAAACUCUUAAGAUCUGUCAAGAGAGAGACACUUAAGCUUGUAGAGACAUUUUUGGACAAAGCGGAAGACCAACCUGAGAUUGGGAAACAGUUUGUGCCCCCAAUGAUGGAUCCAGUUCUUGCCGACUAUGCUAGGAAUUUGCCGGACGCUAGAGAAUCAGAAGUUCUGUCACUUUUUGCUAUAAUUAUAAACAAGUACAAAGCUGCAAUGAUAGAUGAUGUGCCUCGAAUAUUUGAAGCGGUUUUCCAGUGUACUCUAGAGAUGAUAACCAAAAAUUUUGAAGACUACCCAGAACAUCGCCUCAAGUUUUUCUCAUUACUUCGGGCCAUUGCUACCUAUUGUUUUGCUGCUUUGAUCCGGUUAUCCAGCCAGCAAUUAAAGCUUGUAAUGGAUUCAAUUAUAUGGGCAUUCCGGCAUACAGAAAGGAAUAUUGCCGAAACUGGGCUAAACCUACUGUUGGAAAUGUUGAAGAACUUUCAGGGCUCUGAAUUCUGUAAUCAGUUCUACCGGACAUACUUUUUGACAAUAGAGCAGGAAACAUUCGCCGUAUUGACAGAUACAUUUCAUAAACCUGGCUUUAAGUUGCAUGUUUUGGUCUUGCAGCACUUGUUCUGCCUGGUUGAAAGCGGUGCUCUGACAGAGCCAUUAUGGGAUGCUGCAACAGUACCCUUACCUUACCCUAACAAUGCAAUGUUUGUACGCGAAUACACUAUUAAACUGUUGGGUACAUCAUUUCCCAACAUGACUUCAUCAGAGGUUGCUCAAUUUGUCAAUGGAUUGUUCGAGUCAAGAAAUGAUCUUGCUGUAUUUAAGAAUCAUAUUCGGGACUUUCUUGUGCAAUCAAAAGAAUUUUCAGCUCAGGAUAACAAAGAUCUUUAUGCCGAAGAAGCUGCUGCUCAGAGAGAAAGGGAGAGACAAAGAAUGCUUUCUAUUCCAGGGCUCAUCGCCCCCAAUGAGAUCCAGGACGAGAUGUUGGACUCUUAGAAGGGAGGUUAUAUUUUUGAUGGAAGAAGCUAAUUCGUGAAUUUUAAACCAGGAGUUGCCAUUGCCAUCUUGAUUCGGGUACCUGGAAGUUAAUGGGUUUUAAACAGAUCACAUCAUUCUUUUCCUCUACUGUCAAAUUUUUUCGUUGGUUUUGAUUCUGGUAGAUGACAAGGGUGCCUCGGGCAUGAAAGUUGGGCUGCUGGCAUAACUCUCGCAACUAUCCAUCGGCUGGGUGUAGAUUAUUUAGGUGCUAAUGUAGAAAUAUAUUGGAGUCAUUCUUCGGUUUUGCGGUUCCUGCUCGACCCGUGUAUUAAUCAUGAUGAUGGCUAGGAUCAAACUGUUCAAAUGACUCUGUUUUGGAAUUGUUGAUUUAUUCAUGGUAGGCAUAAUCUCUAGUAUUGAUGGGUUGUGCAGCUAGUUUAAUUUGCUUUUACAGUGCUGUGUUCUAUGUUUGUUUCCGGGGGGGAUUAGUUUUGGUUCUCCCGCUUAUUCGUGAAAUGUACCUUGAACCUGCUUUAAUAUAUAUGAGUUUUAUUUGACCCUUUA